AUGAGUAAUAACAUAAAUAUACCAGCAGGUUUUCCCGACUCUUUACCUAUUUCUUCGGAAAGGUUAAACUUUAUAAAUCGUUUUAAAACCGAAAGGUUAGGCAACAUGCGUCCUUUCAAUGAGUUUUUUGAUAAAGAUAAGCUUUCUAAACCAAAAGGCAUGGGAGGAUUAAAUUUCAUUCGUAAAUUAGAGGAGCCACUUGUUUUUCAACAGUAUGUUUUAACUCCAAAACAAUUAUAUACUGGACUUAUUGCGGUUUCUAUUCCUCUUUUAUUUAUUUCAUCCGCUGGUUCAACUAUAUUUUGGAUCGUUGGGGCUUCUGCAACAAUGGUCUUGGGUCAUGCUUCAUUUCUUGAAUCGGGUGUCGAUAGCGGUUUUACAUCUGCCGCAAAUCAAGUGUAA